AUGCAGCAUAUCAAGAUUACGAUAGAUGUAGAUCCUCAGAAGAUACCGGAGCUGGUGUGCUGCGAUUAUUCGGUGCACCCUGACAACGGGACCGAGCAGAUAGCAGUGUCGGUCGCCAAGGCUCUGGGACUCGAGGACUACCUAUCCCAACCGGAACGCAUUUAUGAGCUGAGGCGCCGGUUGUGGGAACAGAGGGAGUUGAUGGCAGUCUCAUCGAAGGCGAAUGAGAUGGUAGCAUAG